GUUAACAUGGUUAUUGGUGGAUAGCAUCGCAUUGUAUUGUUCAAGAAAGUCGGCAAAUGCAUCGGUAUUUGAAGGUGCGACGACUUCAGCUACAGCACCUAUACUGUUAGUCUAUUCUAUUGAGAUUACUUGCCUACCGCGCUCUCUUUCACGAUUGUAAGCAAAUGAUUCAGGUAAAACGACUAAUCUUCCGCUAUUAGCUAGAUUCCAGACAGCAGAUGCGAACAAUUUUGAGGAUGAAGAUGCUUGUUGAUUGAGAUAUACGUGCAGAGGUGUUGGAUUACCAACUGCUUGUUGACCAGUCUGAAUGAAAGAGCCUGGGAAGUUCGCAGGGAUAUUUCCAUAGGUGUUAGUAUACACGCCAUGAAAUGAUGGGGCCUCCUGGAGCUGGAAAGGUACGCUGAAUGUACCUAUACCAAAAUUUGGAUCCUUAUCGUAGAGAUCAGAGAUGAGUUCAGAUUUGAGUUGUAAACUAGCAGAAGCUGCUGGAUUGUGAUUCUUCCUAUCCCUAUACCAGUCCUCCACUCUCGCAAUAAUGUAGUUGUUGCCUAGCGACGGGUUUAAAAUAGAGAUAAGAGGAGAUAUAUAAACAACUUAAUGCGAAACUACGCCUGUUAGAUUGUGUAGCUAAUAAAUUAUCGCUGUAUGCUCUGUUGAGCUUCUCUUUAUGCUCGUCACCUGAAGCAUAUAUUUAGAGAGAUGAAGGCUGACUAGAUAUCCUACUAAGUAGUGGGUUUAUUUUAUCCUUAAAAUUCUUUAUCGACAUUCAGAUAUUUUUAAUUUAAAAUUUCUUCUAAAUGUUCAGCUUCAAGGUUGUCACUACUUGAAUUCAUACGAGAUGGAUCAAAAAAAGCGUAAACUUGAUGAUGACGGCAAUAGCGAUUUAGAUAAUGAUAACGCUUUAUUAGAGCAAUUCAGGAAGGAAGCGAUUUGGAGGCAGAUGAGGGAGUAUAAGAGGCAAUAUGAGCACUCACUUAAUAGACUACAAGACUUAGAAUCUAAGUCAAACUCCCUUCAAUCCUCCCUCUCUUCCGUUGAAGUCUGCUGGAAUGAAUUAAUAGACGUACUUCAACUUGUUAUAGUACCUUCAUCUUCAAUACAAUCAAAUGACGCUCUCAAAGAUUUUCUAGAAUACUCAAAUAGUGAGGACCUCGCUCUCUUAAAUUCUGCUUUAUCUGUUCGAUCCGGUGCCACCAAGGAGUUGAUUGGUUCUGUACUUACAACAGCCACACGGAAUCAGUCCCCAGAUGCUGUACACCUUCAAAAGCAAGCUCACAUGUACCAACAACAAUCUAAUUCUUACAAACAGGAGCUCCGUUUGACGAGGUUGCAACUUGACGACUGUAAAUCCCAAUGGGAAUCCACGAGGGAUAAGCUACUCAAUGCAGAGAAACAAGUUGAUAGAGUAAAGUCAUCAUUAAUCUCUAAAAUACAUCAAGAAACCAAACCUAUUAGCUCCGAUUCACCAAUUCCUCAACCAAAGACAGAUUCUGUUGAUCAGAUUAAAUCUGAACCUAGCCAAGCACCUUCACCAGUCAGAGAAACACCGCAACCGCCACCACCACCAGGUCCUACCAAGGAAGAGUUGGAAGACGCACGGAAAUUAGCAAUGCAGAGGAUGACAGAAUCGGUAGAACUGCGAGCUGAAAAGAUAAAGCUUAGUCAGGAAGUUGACAGUUUGAGAGUCACUCUUAGAAGGCCGAACGAUGAGGCUAUACUUGAAUCAGGUCUCUAUCGUGAUUUACAACAACAGAUAGGGCAUUUCCAGUCAGACGCAGAUACAGCCAAAAUCAAAUACAACAAGUUACAGAAGGAAUUUGAAGGUAUAUUUACAUCCAGGAGAGAGUUCGAAGAUCGAUUAAAGGCAGAUGCUAACUCACAGUUGGAUGCCGCUUUACAAAAAUUACAAGUAAAGGAAGCUGAUAUAAACAGACUAAGGGGACAGCGAGAAGAACUCAAUAGUGAACUCAACGUGAGGCGUACAAAAGAUUCAACUAAAUUGCAGCACAUCGAACAAACUCAACAACUUUCAGAAUCUAGAUUAGAGCGCAUAAGGUGUUUAAACUCUGAAAUACAACGCUUAAAAGGUCGUAUUGCAGCUGGUUAUGGAAAUGAAAAUGUUUAUCGUGCCAUUAUGGGUGAUAGCGUCACUGAAGAAGACUUGAAUAUUACAAUUAGACUGGAUACCCAAUUAAAAACAGCUAAUGAAGAAAUUGAAGCUCUUAAAUCACAAAUUAGUAACCUACAAUCAGGAGGUGAUUUACAUGUCAGACUUGAGCAGGUAGAGACAAAGUUACAAUCCUAUGAGAAAGCAUUUAGUGAUCCAGCUGAUCCUGAAGUACAGAAUUUAGUUAAUCAAAUAAAUAAGAAAGAUGAAAGGAUCAAAACACUUGAAUUGCAAAAUGUUGAAUCAGAGACAACAUCAAACGCAAUUUAUGGUGAAAUUGAAAGAUUGUCGAAAGCAUGGGAAGUUUUAGAUGAACAGAACAGAUCUAAAAUAUUUGAUUUGCAGCAUUUAGAGGAGAAAGUAUCAAGGUUGAUGACUGAGAAGGCUAAAUCUGAUAACAAGUACUUCGCAGCAAUGAGGGCAAAAGAUGCAGUAGAUAUUGAACGUAAAACCGCUUUGAGGACGCACGAAAAGCAAUCAAAGACAAUUGAGAGACUCGUAGAUACAGAGAAGCAAUUACAGCAACAAAUUUCAAUACACGAGAAGGAGUUAAUGGUUUACUCCUCGAAAACCAAAGCUUUAGAAGAUAAAGUAUUCACAACAGAAAGGGAAUUGAGCAGCGCUAGAUUAUUAGCCGAUGAGUCGAAGAGAAGACUGAUGGAAGUCUCUACCAAGUUAAAUGAGAGGCAUGUAAUGUAUGAAGAUGAGAGAGCUGCAAAGAAAAGACUUGAAGAGGAUAACACUAAACUCCGCAGUGAUUUGCAGAGGAUUCCACACAAUCAACCAGUUUCGAGUGGUGCGAUGAAUGGAAUACACAACGCUAAAGAGGAGAAUCUUCAACGAGAGCGUGACCAGCUAUUCUUCUUACUUCGCUGUUCAACCUGUAAGAACGAGUUGAAGUCACAUUGCAUAACUAGAUGUAUGCACACGUUAUGCAAGUCUUGUAUUGACGCCCGAAUUGAAACACGUCAAAGGAAGUGUCCAAUUUGUCAGAUUGGCUUCUCCAGUUCUGAUGUCCAGAAACUUCAAUGGGCAUAGGGUGAAUUAACCUAAAUUAAUUUAAUUAUGUAUUACUAAAAUAUUUUAUCUUAUUCUGUAGCUUCUGUAUUAUAAAACAACAUUAACUGUACG